CGAAGACGACACGGAAGACGAAGAAGAAGACGAAGAAGAAGAAGAAGACGACUUCUCUUCGGCUCAUCUCCUUCUUCAAAAUAGUCUUCGUGGAGUAAAGUGAGAAAAAAAACGUAUUUAUUAUCGUUUUUGUUGAAGGGACGACUUUUUCAACGACUGACUGUCCAGUCAUGGCGGAGGAAAAGCAUAUUUAGAGGGCACUUCACAACCCUGGAAAGGAUCCUUAUCAGACCACUGGCACCAUGAGGUGACGACUGUGACAUCGUGUACUGUUUCUGACGCGGACACAUGGCAAGGAUCAGUUUCUCCUGCCUGCCGGCCUCAUGGUACUGCAGCGUGUCCCUGCUGUCUCUGAGCUGUGUCUCCAGGCAGAGACUGCUGCUGCUGCUGCUCUUCAUCACAUCCGCCCUCCUCCUGGCUUCAUACCAGAGGCAGCUGUGGGGCCCACAGCGACGGCCAGGGUCCCAUGUAAAUAAGUACCUCUCCAUUGCAGAGACCAUGGAGGCCACUGACAUCCUCAACCCGGCUCUGAAUUAUGGGAUUGUGGUGGACUGCGGCAGCAGCGGAUCUCGGGUCUUUGUGUACUACUGGCCCCCCCACAACGGGAACCCUCACACCCUGCUGGACAUCAGACAGAUGAAGGACCGCGACCGCAAACCUGUCGUCAAGAAGAUCAAACCUGGUAUCUCCACUCUGGCAAAAACGCCAACUCAGGCCAGCGACUACCUCCAUCCUCUGCUCAGCUUCGCCGCUGCUCACGUCCCGAGGACUAAACACAAGGAGACACCGCUCUACAUCCUCUGCACAGCUGGCAUGAGGCUUCUCCCUGAGAGCCAGCAGGCAGACAUCCUGGAGGACUUGAUCACUGAUGUCCCCCUGGAGUUUGACUUCUUGUUUUCACGUUCCCACGCUGAGGUCAUCUCUGGGAAACAAGAAGGAGUGUACGCAUGGAUUGGCAUUAACUUUGUGUUGGGCCGCUUUGAUCACGCUGAUGACGAGGACGCCACAGUUGAGGUGACAACUGGCUCUCAGAAUCAGCAGCCAAUCAGCAGGCGGCGUACGGUGGGCAUCAUGGAUAUGGGAGGAGCUUCACUGCAGAUUGCUUAUGAAGUGCCGAGUGCCAUCACCUUCAUUUCACCACAAGAGGAGGAGGCGGGGAAGAGUGUCCUCGCAGAGUUUAAUCUGGGCUGUGAUGUUGAACACACACAACACGUUUACAGAGUCUACGUCACCACGUUCCUCGGCUUCGGGGGAAACAUGGCCAGGCAGCGCUACGAGGACCAGCUGGUCAACAACACACUGGCAAAGAACAGGUUUCUGACCGCGCAGACGGGCCUGAGUGAGGACAAACCAUACCUGGACCCGUGUCUGCCAGCCGGUCUGUCAGACACGGUUGUGAGAGCCAACCACACGCUGUACCUGAGGGGUCAAGGAGACUGGACUCACUGUCAGGAGGCUGUGCGUCCUUUUCUAGGCCUCCACAACGGCACCAUGUCACCACGGGGCAUCUACCAAGCCCCGAUCAACUUCAGCAACAGUGAGUUCUACGGUUUCUCUGAGUUUUUUUACUGUACAGAGGACGUGCUGAGGCUCGGGGGACACUACGACAGUGAGAAGUACUCUCAAGCUGCUAUGGAGUACUGCUCGACCAAGUGGUCAACUCUAAAACAGCGUCUUGACAACAAGCUUUUCUCUCAGCAGGCGGACAUGGGCAGACUAAAGUAUCAGUGCUUCAAGUCAGCCUGGAUGUACGAGGUGCUACACUCCGGAUUCCGUUUCCCCACCGACUACACGAGUCUGAAAACAGCUCAGCUGGUUUAUGACAAGGAGGUCCAGUGGACUCUGGGAGCCAUCCUGUUCAAAACCCGCUUCCUGCCUCUCAGGGACCUUCAGCAGGAAACAUUGCGGCAGAACCACCCCAGCUGGCUGCGAUCCUCCUUCGUCUACAACCACCACCUGUUCUCGCUCUGCAUCCUGGUGGUGGUGCUCGCCAUCCUGCUCUACAUCCUGCGCCUGCGGAGGAUCCACCAGCGGGAGCAGCGUCAGGCCGAGGUCCUGGACCUCAUCUGGGUGGAGGAGGGAGAGGCCCUCAUCGCCUGAGAAACUCGUUUGGAAUGGGUCGUUUACAAUGGAUGACCUGAAGGGUCUUUUUGACUUGGAAAUAACCAAUAUGCAAAGGAUGGAUACAUACAAAGACCUAAGAAUUUAUAGCCUGAAAAAACAUCCAGGUAAAAAAAAAAGAGCCUUUAAAUCAAACUGCUCUGUUCACUCUUUAACCAUGCAGCUUUAACAUGAAUCAUUUUGGUUUGCUGCUCUUUUCUCCUGGAAUCCUAAACCAUGUGUCUGUUUGGGUGUUCAACUUAAAGUCCGUUUAUCCAAACCCGGUGGGUUCAAAAUGUCUUCACUGCUGAGCAAGGAGACGGAGGUGAUAAAGCUCCCUGGUAACAGGAUAUUUAAAUAAGAAUUUAGAUCGCAAGACCGUUAAACAUCCAUUCAGGAGAACGCAAAGAAGAGGCGAUUUCACCUUGCUAAGGAUUCAUGUUGUUUUCCAUCAAAAACAAAAUCAUAGAAGUCCAUCACAGCUCCAUCUUAACUAAAGCUAUGAUGAUGAAGCAGUCCUUCACAGUUACAGCUCACAUAAAAGAUCAUGUUUAUAUUGUGUGGGACAGAGAUGUUGGAGAUGGGAAAAAGCUGUAAUGUAAAAUCAUUUUGGAUAUUGAACAUCUGACUGUUUAAGACCGGCCACCGUACAGGUGUUCAACAACCUAACCUCUCAUCCCGUCCCUCCUUAAAGCCACAAGGAGGAACAGGAUCUAAAUAUAUAUAUAUAUAUAUAUAUAUAUAUACACAGUAAAUGGCAUUCCAAUGUUUCUAGAUCCAUUCCUUCCCCUCAACUCAAACUCAUUGACUAUCUUCAUCAGGUGACACGACAUUCCCAAAUGCGAACAGAGUCUGAAGAUAGAGACGCUUUCACCUCCUCAUAAAUCUUAAUUUUUACCUCCUGAAAUGUUCCCAGCCCUAAAGAUAUUCAGCUCUGAGUGUGCUGUGAUAUCAAAGCUGACUAUCAUCAUCAUCAUCAUCACGAGUGCAGCAGCACUUUGUUCCAUCAAAGGCGGGCAGUGUUUCAUCAAACUCAUUUCCUUAAAAGCGAUUGUUCUUCGAUUCUUUAAACGCCACUGUUGUCCUGCCAAGACCCCCGUCUGUCCAGAGCAGAUUACUAUCAAAAGACCGGCCGAGCCAAGUGGUGCUUUAGCUGACAUGAGCAGAGAUCUGCUCAGUGUUAGGAGGAUGGCGCUGAAAGCAGACAAACCCCUAAAGGCCAGAUCUAAGAUGAGACCGUCUGAUUCAUGAACAGAAAAACAAAAGGACUAAACUUUGAUCAGUGAAGAACAAGAAAAACAAACAUAUGAACUACUUUUAAGGGGGGGCUUCUCCUUUUUUCUUAAUGUCACACACAUAGAAGCUUUAUAUUGAAUUUCUUUUCAAGGGUUACAGAUCAUGAAAAGGAACAAAUUGUUAAAAAUGUCACAGCUUUCGCAAAUGAUCAGCAGCUUAAAAGACGAAUGAUAGGAACACUCUUCAGUGAACUUUAAAUUAAAUUAAAUUGUGUAGCCUAAAUGACAUAUUUUAGGACACAUAAGCUAGUUCCAGACAGAAGUUCAUGUUUGCAUUCAACCACUCCCUAGCUAUUACAUUUUUAUUCUGUGGCAAGAAUGGAAGAUUUAACUUCCUAACUAUUAGUAUUUGUAUAGCUAGCAUUUUUUAAAGCUAGCUAACGGUUAUGUUAUUAUUUUUCAUGGACGUUUCACUAUUCUCUGUCGUCUUUGUUGCUGAUCAUUUGAUAAGUGGCUAAAUGAAAGUAUUUGUCAGGCUUCAUUUGUUUCUUCUAUUUACAAACCCCAAACACAGCCGUAGGGCAUUUUACAUCCUCUCUCUCAGAGAAUAAAAGACCACCAUGAGAGUAUGAUGAACUUUGUUAUCGUGCCAUCAUGCUGACUCGGCUCUGCAACAAAUCAUGACGAUGCAAAAAGUGUGUCUGAGCAGCGCCAGGUGAAACUUCUUUAGGAGUUUAAAUAACGUUUGAUCCCACAGUGGGAGGUUUUUGUAAUUAAUGACUCUUAAUUGUUAAAUGAGGUGUGGGGGCAUGAAUCAUCAAAGUAAACGAUGAUGACUCUGUUAGAUAAAAAAAAGCUGUAUUUUAAAAUCUGUACAGUGGUGGUAACAUGAGGAGGAAACAGAUUUUUCUACAAUAUGAACAAACUGUGAUUCCACUUGUUCGUCUUUCUUUCUCCGUCUGAUUCCUCCUGAUGUGGUUUCAGGGUUUCUGCUGCUCCUCUGACAAAGGGACCGAUCUGAGUGUGUCUUUCCAGAGCUGGGUGUUGUGCAAUGUAUAACUGUAAUUCUUUUCGAAUUUGAAGGGACACUUGACUUAAUGUUUUUAAGGUACCUUUGUUUUUAAUGUAAAUAGAAGCAAUUCCAAUCCAAUAAAAGGAUCAUUUUGUAAUAAAAUCUGUUUGAGACUGAA